UUGUGCUUCAUUAUUUCUCCUCUCACACUUUGUAAAUGCCACUAUUCCUCCUCACUCCUCAUCCCAUGGCCUCCAAGCUCUUCCAAGCCAUCCUCCUCCUCGCCGCCGCCCUCACUUUUCCGGCGACCACCACCACCGCCCAAGAGUGCCCCUAUCCGUGCUACCCACCGCCAACCGGCCCCGGAAACAACAACCCUCCGGCGACUACAACUCCACCCUCCCAACCAGGCUCUAACUAUCCUCCCCCACUCCCUACUUUCACUCCCCCCGGCGGCGGCGGCGGCGUCUACUUCUACAACCCACCGCCGGAUUUCACCAACGGCGGCGGCCUCACGCCGCCGCCUCCGGAACCCAUCCUCCCGUGGUACCCGUACUACUUCCGAAAGCCUCCCCACGGAGAUCAAUCGUCGUCUUCGUCAAGAACUCUCCGAGCACCCACGGCCGUGACGGCGGUCGCCACCGCCGCCGCUCUGUUCUUCAUUGUUUUUACUGUGCCUUUUUAUUAUUAGAGCAGGUCUUCUAGUUUUGUCCUACCUGUGUAACCAAGCUCUUAGCCUCCUCUUAGGUUAUUCUGUGAUUCAUUUUGUUGUCAUGAUGAGAUGUUCUGAUAAUUUUAUGGCCAUGGGAGCGUAGAAAUUUCAUUUCAAUUUCUUGUUCAUUUUAAUUAAUUUGCGCAAAUUAAUUAUAAGUCUUGACGUAUACUAUACGUCUGGACUUUGGAAAUGUAUAGAUGCAUCUAUCUAUUCAUUGUAUUCAAUCCACUACCUACUUGCAAUA